AUGAUUAUAAUACUCUUAAAUAUUAAAGUGAUCUAAAUAUUUGCUUGUGCUUAAUUCAACAAAGAAUAAGAAAUUUCUUUGUACCCAACAGCAGAAGGAGAAUUUUAUGAAUAUCAUAUGGAGAAUCUUUUAUCAGAAACUUAAUUAACGUGUAAAAUGCAACCUUAAAUUCCAAAUGUGUAAUUAAUCAAUUAAUGUGAAGAAAUAUGCAGAAAAAAAGGGAAUUGUAAGUCAUUAAGAUUAUUAUUAUAGAAUUUAUAUCAAUGUCAUCAAAUAAAACACAUUUUGGUACAUUAUCUAAAAAUAAUGAAGUAAUUAUAUAUAAAUGGAAGUAUUAAAGGUUUAUCUGUGAUAAUUAAUCCUUUGUAUAAUUGUUUUAAUAUCAAUUUGUUUUUAAAUUAUCUACACAAUUUAGGUAGAUUGCUAUUAUAACAAUGAAUUCUUAUUAAUUCAAAUAAUAUAUUCAUAAUCAAAACCUGCUUUUUUAAUAUGAUUAGAUUUACUUACUUCAACUAAAAUAUGAUCAAUUGUAAAAGGAACAAAUACUUUUAUUGUAUAUGCCUUAUAUUUUUAGAAUUAUUCAAUAAUUAUACUUUUAUCAUCAUCAUUUUUUAAUUUAAAUAGCUUAAAUAAAUAAUUUAUUGAUUUUGAUUUCCCAAUUACAAUAAGUCCAAAAAUUUUUGCAAUUACUUCCUAAGAUUUAUUUUAUUAUCCUUAUCUCCAGAUUGUUAAUUUAAUUUUUGAUAUAAUUAUAGCUAUCCUGGCUUGAUUAAUUUUGA